UUUCUGACGCUACACGCAACCCCGAUCAAAUUUCAAAUUGCAAAUUCCUAAAAAACCCAAAAUCAAUUGAGUGGGCAAAACGAUAUAAAGACAAUUAUAACUAUUUGAAACUCGAUUACACCCAUUCGAAGCGAAGAUGGCUUGUAAUUUGUGAUAUUCAGGGCUUCAAACUAGGAAAAACAAAGUGCCAUACGAAAUUAAUUAGGAAAAAGUGAUUGUUGUUGAAGAGUUUGGAUUAAAUCUUAAGGAAAGCAGAAUGCCCAGCUGGAGCGUGACGAAUGCAUUUCGCGUGCUCACACGCAAGAAGCCCCUGGAGGACUCCAAUGAAUCCAAAUUGGCCAAGGUAUUGUCUGCCUUUGAUCUGACUGCACUUGGCAUAGGAUCCACCCUGGGUGUGGGUGUCUAUGUCCUGGCUGGAGAGGUUUCCAAGCAAUAUGCAGGUCCUGCCGUGGUUGUUAGCUUCCUGAUUGCCGCCAUUGCCUCGAUAUUUGCUGGUCUUUGCUAUGCUGAGUUUGGAGCUCGUGUUCCCAAGGCAGGAUCGGCGUAUAUCUACAGCUAUGUGACCAUUGGCGAGUUUAUCGCCUUUCUCAUCGGCUGGAAUCUCAUACUCGAAUACGCAAUUGGUUCUGCCAGUGUCGUCAAGGGUUUAAGCACCUAUCUCGACCAGCUUUGCGGGAAUCCAAUGAGCAGCUUUCUGGGCACCCACAUGCCCAUCAAUAUCGAUGGAAUGGGAGCCUAUCCGGAUCUGUUUGCCUUUGUGGUCACCAUACUUUUCUCGCUGGCCAUUGCUGUGGGAGCCAAGGAAUCCACCAGGGUGAACAAUGUCUUCACCAUGCUGAACCUCGGCGUGGUCCUGUUUGUGAUCAUUGCUGGGUUAUUCAAGGUUAAUCGCAGCAAUUGGUCCAUACCCAAAUCGGAGGUACCUGAGGGCUAUGGCGAUGGUGGCUUUAUGCCCUAUGGCGUUUCGGGUAUCAUCAAAGGAGCUGCUGUCUGCUUUUAUGGCUUCAUUGGCUUCGAUUGCAUCGCCACUGCCGGCGAGGAGGCCAAGAAUCCCAAGAAAUCCAUUCCAUUUGCUGUGAUCGUCUCUCUGGCCAUGAUCUUCUUGGCCUACUUUGGAGUCUCUACGGUGCUGACCAUGAUGCUGCCCUAUUUCGAGCAGGACGAGAAGGCUCCUUUGCCCCAUGUCUUCCGGAUCAAUGGCUGGCAUGUGGCGGAGUAUGUGGUCAGCAUUGGAGCCAUGUUUGGCUUGUGCUCUAGCAUGAUGGGAGCCAUGUUUCCGCUGCCCAGGAUUGUCUUUGCCAUGUCCAACGAUGGACUAUUGUUCAAAUUCCUGGGCGACAUAAGCGAUAAGUACAAGACGCCUUUUAAGGGCACCAUGAUCACCGGGCUACUUACGGGCAUCCUGGCGGCUGUUUUUAAUCUCAGCCAGCUGGUCAACAUGAUGUCCAUUGGCACCCUGCUGGCCUACUCCAUGGUGGCCAGUUGUGUCCUGAUGCUGCGCUACGAAGUGGAUGAUCGUCGGGAGAGUAGAAUCGUGGGAAAUGGCCGGGCUAUGGGCCAGGAUCAGGACCAGCCCUGUGCCUUGUGGAGGCGGGUAUUUAAUCUCAAUGGCCAGACUGUGCCCACCAAGCAAACGUCAAGGAUAGUUACCUACAGUGUGACUUUGUUUUCCCUUUGGUGCAUGGUCUUCUCGCAGAUACUCACUAAAUUCGAAGAGGAUCUGGCCAAUGUUUCGUCCUUUGACGGAAUCAAACUGGUGCUGGGUACCAUACCCCUGGUUGUCCUUCUGCUAAUUAUCUCCCGCCAGCCCACCUCUGGGGUCAAGCUAUCGUUUAAGGUGCCCUUGGUGCCCUGGUUGCCCGGCAUUUCUAUUUUAAUCAACAUCUACCUGAUGAUCAAGCUGGACAUCCUCACCUGGGUGCGUUUCAGUAUUUGGAUUGCCAUUGGACUGGCCAUCUUCUUGUCCUACGGCAUCCGUCACAGUCGGCUGAGGCAGCGGGAGCAGCGUAACAAUUCCAUGGCCAUAAUGCGGGACUGCAGCAACUCGGCCUUGUUGGGGGGUCAGGAGAACUCAAAAUAUGGCAACGAGGUGCCUCUGAUCCUGAUGCACAGUACAUCUUAAGUGUACACUGAUAUUUAUCUAACUUAUACAUUAACCAUAAAAUAUAUUUAUAUAUAAUUAUAUAAUUAUUUAUAAUUAUAUUGAUAUAAUUCUCAUCACCCACAUGCUCACCUUUGUAACUCACACACCUGCACGCAGCUUCAUACCGUAAAAUAGGAAACCAAAAAUCAACGAAAAGUACAAUAAGUUAGCUGAAAGCAAUAAACAUGAAUAAUUAAAGGAUAAA